AUGGGUGGGCAAAUGGAUAUCGCUUUUACAGUAUUCAAGGUGAGUGAGCUGACCGAAUCUGACGAUUCGCAGAAACUGGAGGAGGGUUUGAUCAGGGUCAUCAAUCGAGGCUACGACAAGCCUAGAUUCAAGUACAACCUGAUUAAAACUCCUCGGAUCAAAGUAGGUUUGGUUCGAGAUCUCAAGUUGACAGAUACACGGGAGUCAUAUUUAGGCGUGGUUUACGUGAAAACCCAUGAAGGUGUUGAAAACGGCCAUGAUGCAAGCUCUUUAACGUCUCAGUUCAUGGCCUUAGGCCAAUUCGACUUAGCGCACAUAAAGCCAACCGGCACUUUUUUCGAGUUGUCUGAAACUCUACUCAAAGAGUAUGAGACAGGAAAAACGUGCAUCUUGGGAACAAUCGGGAUCAAACCUUAUAAGUCGGUAGCGAGUUCCUACGAGCUCACUGCAUUUACCUCAUUCUACCCCCGGUUGGGUGAGGUGUUGAUCAAUCAAAUAGAAUCGCUUGCCAAGAAACUGGGAGCGAAAAAUAUUUUUGCAUCAGUGAUCACAGAUCACUUUUUGGUGGACUACUACGCAAAACAUGAUUAUAUCGUUGAAACCAGGGUGCUGUGUAAAGUAGACCCGCAAACCGGUUUCGUGAUAUCAGACGAUCUUGAGGAUUCAAUCGAAGCCAGCAAGGACUUCGAACUCGCUCUUUUGAGGAAAACUCUGGUUUAG